ACGACGCGGGGCGGCCCGUUCACACGUAGCCUACUGUGUUCGCUAGCAGUCUGGUGAAGCAGCGAGCGACACAAAAGCGAGGCCCUGAGAUCGCCGCGCUCACACCAAAAGUGCUUUUAGUGUAGUGUGUCGGAGGUGUUCGGAGGGGGCUGACUACUUCUUAACGUUUCACUUUUAUCUUGUUUUCCCACCGUGUGUAAAUGCAAGCGAAUUCGGAACUGAUAUCUGGGCGUGCCAAGACGGUUGAGAUUCAAAUGAUGAAGCGCCGCUCGUUAGCCGGAAACUGCGGGGUGGGGGUGUUCGUCAUAGCUCUGGUCACGGUGCUGGUGGCUUUUGCGACACCCAGCUGGUUGGUCAGUGAUUAUCGGAUCACCGGAGCCAAGUUGGAUCGGUUGGGCCUGUGGACCCAUUGCUUCCGAUCGCUGCCGGACGUGAACGAUGACUACCAGCGGAGGUUCUUCGUCGGGUGCCGAUGGGUGUACGAUCCGUUCACGACCGGGUACGAUGAAAUCCGGGGAUUCCUGAUACCACCAUUCAUGAUAGCCACACAGUUUUUCUACACGCUUUGCACUAUCGGUAUUAUACUGUCCAUGAUAAUGGUGCUGUUCUUCUUCCUGUGCGCUGGACCGGAUCAGAAAUUCUUCCUGAAGUUGAUUAGGACCAUGGGCUACGUAACGCUAGCCUCAGGAGUUUGCGGCGGCAUCGGCGUCGUCGUGUUUGCCAUUUUCGGCAACAAGGACAAAUGGAUGCCGGAACAUGCCAACAAUUGGUUCGGGUGGUCCUUCAUCCUGGCCUGCAUCGGAGCCGUGGCUUGUGGUGUGGCAGCGUCGCUGUUCCUUGCCGAAGCGCACGUUCAAAGCCGAAAGCGACGGCAGCUGAAAGAAUCGCAAACCCGAUUCCAGAUUGAUAGCGAGUCGAAGGCUUAGAAGGGUUUAUCAGACUGUUCGAAAUGAAACGACGAAAUCGAAGUACGCACACAGCCGUUUUGGAAGCAGAAAGUUAACAGUACAAUCGCAAGAGUAUGCCUUUUAAAUUUGAAGAAUCUGUAAAUACGAACUUUUUACAACAUUCCAUCAAAGACAGUACGUUUAUUUUUCUCUAAGAGUAAAUGGGAUCGUACAUAAUCAAAAGCCACGAAUCCGUCCGUAAUUAGAAUCUCUAAGUUUACACGUUCAUUAGUAAGUGAGAAAUUUUAAUUUGCCUUUCAAUGUAGAUAUCUUUUUAAACUAAACAUUCCAUCUUUUUACGUGAGCUAUCAUGCAAUAGUUUCAUCCUGAUGAAGAAUGCCAAAUUUAUGCAGUGUCCACAACUGUUAAGCAGUUCACUUAACACCAUACCUGGUUCAAUUCAUUCAUUUAUACUGAAAAGUACUUGAACAUCGCGAAACAAAAAUCGAAUGUCUACUAGAACACACCAGUUUUUUAAGUUCUUCCAUUUUAGUUUAUGAUUUUAUGUUUUCCUUUUUCUUCGUUUUACUUUCUUUUAAUUGUUUUGAUGCACAACUGACAUCAAUAAUUGCUGCCUUGAAUAAGAUAAUAACUAAUCGUAGUUGAUCAUCUAUCGAUGACGUGGAUAUAUCGACUCUUAAGAAAUCCAGCUAAGCAAAUUCUGAAUCGGUCAGAACAAAACGAAAUUGCAAUUGGUUCAUAAUUUUCGGUAUAUUUUAAUGUGCGCUGAUCUGCCCUGUGUGGUUCGGAGUGCGCGUUUAGAUAUGUAGGUUAGACUAAUGUAAGAAAUAGAAGAUUUUCUAUUAUUGUAGAAACUAAUGAACGAAAACAUUCGAAAUAAUAAAUAUUUUUUUAGAAGUA